CGCAACAAAGCUAUAAAAAAUAAUUCACGUGACCCAGAGAUUAGAGGAAAUUUAUUUCUCGCCAGCAUCCAGCGAUGAUAAUAAAUCGCAACUCUCCCCGGUGAAAUCCAACGCUCACCUCACCUCUCAAAGCGUGUCACCCACCCACCGUCACUUACCUGGCUCCGACCAGCGGACACACGAGACACAAUGUCGACCAAGCGCAAGCUCCCCUCCAAACUCGCGGCGCCGGUGGUGAAGCCCGCGCGUACACCGAGCAAACAGAUUCUCUCCGAAGCACGCGCUGUUGUUACCGGGUCAGCGCUAGACCUCGACUCUCCAUCCGUCCAACUUAACGGCUCAAACCACCUCGAUCUCACCCACCUCUCCUCUGAUAACUCCUCCUCCGACGAUGAUGAGGACGAAGACCCAGCGAACUUCCACGCCGAAGGGCCCACAGACGACGCAGACGACAUCUCCAUGGCCGACGCCGCGGAGCCGAGCUUCGGCGACCUAAUCUUCGCGCACACCAGCGAGCCCAUCUCCGUCUCCUCCUCCUUCCCCGCCACGAAAACCGCGUCCUCUGCUCUCGCUGCUCCCUCGGGCGCCAGUCUGGGAGUUGCGCUCAGCCAGGCGCUGAAGACGUCUGAUCACGCCUUGUUGGAGAGCUGUCUGCAGACGUCUGACUUGCCGACUAUUCGCGCUACGAUCCAGAGGCUGGCGGCGCCGUUGGCGACGCCGCUGUUGAGCUUGUUGGCGGGGAGGUUGCAUAGACGGCCGGGACGGGCGGGGAGUCUGAUGGUGUGGAUCCAGUGGACGCUUGUUACGCAUGGAGGGUACCUGGCGACGCAGCCGCAGGUUGUGGCGAAGCUGGCGGAGCUGAAUAGGGUUAUUGAGGAGAGGGCGAGGGGGUUGCAGGGGUUGUUGGCGUUGAAGGGGAAGUUGGAUUUGUUGGAUGCGCAGAUGCAGUUGAGGAAGAGUGUGAGGGAGGCGAGGAUGGGGGAGGAGGAGGAGGAGGAUGAGGAUGUGGUGUAUGUGGAGGGCGAGGAGAGCGAGGCGGAGGCGGUGGAGGGGAAGAGUAAGAAGUUGAAGAGGAGUGAGGAGUUUGGGGAUAGUGAGAGUGAGAUGUCGGAUGAUAUGCCUGAUACCCUUGGCGAUCGCAUUAUUGCAGAUUCGGAUGAUGAGGAGGAGGAUAGUGAUGAUGAGGGUGGGCUGCUGGAUGAUGAGGCGGAGGAGACGGAUGAUGAUAGCGGGGAUGACGAGGAGGAGGUGGACUUUGAUGACGCCGAUGAGGAUGAAGAGGACAGCGAUGACGCUGCCGCCGCCACGCCUGUGCGCUCGUCAAAAAUGGCAAAGGUCAAUGGUAUGUUUGGGAAGUCGAGAUAAACAAAAGUGGGCCUACAUAUGCGAUUGCAGCUAGACGGGGAAGGCUGGGGCGGGGUGCAUCGGAUACUGGGGAAUGUGAGAGAGCCUGAGAAGCGGCGGAUCGGGAAGCGUAAUGUUAUGCAUGGGCCGGCGUUGUUUCUGCACUCGUUUUCUACCCCGUCCGAUCAGAGAGGGGACGUUGUUCAUAUAGUUGAAUGUGCGGCAUUGCUGCAUGGCAUGUGUAGCGUUAGAUGGGACUGGAAUUAGGAAUACGAAAGGCACUGAGGAA